AUGGACGCGUUCCAGCAUCAGCUACUCACUCUUAUUGGGGGUCUGAUCUGUUUCUGUGUUCUGGUAAAAUGCAUCAGAUUUAUGAAAUACAUUUUCCCACAUACGUGGAGUGCUGUGCCUCAGACUUUCUUUCGGUCGAUGGGAGAAUGGGCAGUGGUCACGGGAGCAGGAGAAGGGCUCGGAAGAGCAUAUUCCUUCGAGCUGGCAAAACGUGGAUUAAAUGUAGUUAUGAUAAGCAGAACUCUUGAAAAACUGCAGAGAGUGGCCUCUGAAGUUGAGCAAACCACAGGUCAAAAGGUGAAGGUUAUAGAAGCUGAUUUCACUAAAAAUUCAGUAUACAAGAACAUUGAAGAAAACCUGCAAGGCUUGGAUAUUGGUGUUCUAGUUAACAAUGUUGGAAUGCUUCAUAAUCCUCUUCCGUGCCGUUUCCUUAAUGGAUCAGACAUAGAUGAGAGCCUUGUCAACUGCAACAUUAUUUCUGUUACAAAGAUGACAAAAAUGAUUUUGAAACAAAUGGAGUCAAGACGGAAAGGUCUUAUUCUGAAUCUGUCCUCUGGUCUGGGUACUUUCCCUUGUCCACUAUACACAAUGUACUCAGCUUCUAAGGCUUUUAUAAGCACUUUCUCCAAAGCACUACAGGCAGAAUAUAAGGCAAAGGGAAUUAUUAUACAGGUAGUGACUCCUUAUGGUGUUUCUACUCCAAUGACAAGGUACCAAAAACCUGGUUUUAUUACAAAGACAGCAGAAGAGUUUGUGAGCGAAUCACUGGAAUAUGUCACAUUUGGAGAUGAAGUUUUUGGAUGUUUAGCCCAUGAAAUGCUGGCACGUGUCCUGCAGUUUGUCCCUUUAUGGGUAUUCCACAGCAACAGAUUUCAAGAAGCAGUCUUGCACUCAUUUACCAGUUAUCUAAAGAAGAGGUGGAGGAACCCAAAUCCUUAACAGUCAUUUUUCUGGAAGAAGUGCAAUGCAGAACCCCAGCACAAUGUAUUUUGCUGUGUCUCUGUGUGUGAAUGUAGAAGGAAUCAAUCAGCUUGAGCCAUAACUCCAUUCAAAUCACCUGUCAAGUGAUAAGUGAUUAUUUGAUCCAAUGAAUCUAUUAAGUAUAUUCAUUCCUGUCCUUUUGCAAAGACUUUAAAAUUUGCUAGAGCUGUUCCAAUGACUUCUGUAAGCUUUAUAUAGAUACUUAGAAAUUUAUGCUACUAUUUUCACAUUAG